CAGAGACGAUGACUCGAAUUUCAGCUACCGUGAUCAUACUUAUGGUUGUAGCUCUUAGUGUGCUUCAUACAGAUGCCUCUGCUUUGUCAUGUUGCAGGAAGUAUACCAAAGGAGUAAUAUCAAUGACAUAUAUUAAAGGAUAUUCCAUUCAGACCAUGACAAGAAACUGCCACAUUGAUGCUGUCAUAUUCCACACAUACAAAGGCAAGAACAUCUGCACAGACCCCUCCAAAGCCUGGGUGAUGGAAAAUAUCCGUAAGCUAAAGGAGAAAGUGCAAGUAAUCAGCAAAAAACAUUCAAGGGUCUAAUUGUUCAACUACUGAGCCUAAACUGAUGUUACUACAAGAAUAAUUCUUCGUGGAGGGGGAUCUAUUUCUUUAUGAAAUUUACAUAUUUACUCUGCAUAUUUGUAUAUGCAUAUUAUUUUAUA